GGUCGGAGAUCUACGGCCCACUGUCUAUCUCUAUAGUAGACAAACGUAAUUACACUAUCGGGGCAACAACGCAGCCACUAAUUUUAUCAGGGCGCAGUUGUAUUUAUACUUCUGGUUAGCCCUACGUUUUCUCUCUCCUCCGCAUUUGGAGCCUCAUCUUCCUCUUCCGCCCCAAAGAAGAAAGACAGAGUCCAAACUCACUCACCAAACCCACCCCCCUUUUCUCCAACUCUCCACCAACCUCAAGUCCCAACAACAGCUUCUCAUAUUCUCUCCCAGUUGGAUGGCGAUUAUACCCUGUGGAAGUACAUGGGUGGUUCGGUGUGGACAACCUCGUUUGACAUUAACAUCUUCUGUUGCAAACAAAUGCACAUAUUCGCAUUGCGUCUCAAGCAAGAUAAGAGCCUUGGCAUCAUCAAGUUCGACCAUAUUUUCUCAAGGCUCCUUGCAUGCAUUAUUCCAUGCUGUUCCAUGUAGGAAUCCGCAUCAUCGCAGGGGAGCUCGUUUGAUUGUUAGAGCUAGUAGUGAUUACUAUGCUGUCCUUGGGGUGUCAAAAAAUGCUGGCAAGUCUGAAAUUAAAAGUGCUUAUCGGAAGCUUGCCAGGAGUUGUCAUCCUGAUGUGAACAAAGAACCUGGAGCAGAGCAGAAAUUUAAAGACAUCAGCAAUGCUUACGAGGUAUUGUCAGAUGAUGAGAAACGUUCGAUAUAUGACAGGUAUGGAGAAGCAGGGCUCAAAGGUGCUGGCGUGGGCACAGGGGAUUUCAGCAACCCCUUUGAUCUGUUCGAGACAUUAUUUGAUGGCUUGGGGGGUAUGGGUGGGAUGGGUAUGGGUGGAAGGGGUUCUAGGAGUAGAGCAACAGAGGGUGAGGACCAGAUUUACAAUUUGAUUUUGAAUUUCAAAGAAGCGGUAUUUGGUGUAGAAAAGGAGAUUGAAAUAACUCGGCUUGAGACAUGUGCUGCCUGUGAUGGGUCGGGUGCCAAGCCAGGAACCAAACCAAUCACGUGCAACACAUGUGGAGGACAAGGACAAGUCGUUACAGCAGCACGGACUCCACUUGGUGUAUUUCAGCAGGUAAUGACCUGCUCUUCUUGUGGUGGGAUGGGGGAGUCUUCUACUCCUUGCAAUACAUGUCGCGGCGAUGGGCGAGUUAGGAAGUCGAAAAGGAUUGGCCUAAAAGUCCCUGCCGGGGUUGAUUCCGGCAGCCGGUUAAGGGUCCGGAGCGAAGGUAAUGCAGGAAAGAGAGGUGGCCCCCCUGGAGACCUCUUUGUUCUCCUUGAUGUACUUGGGGACCCUGUAUUGAAACGAGAUGACAGAAAUAUUCUCUGCGAUUGUAAAGUUUCUUAUAUCGAUGCUAUUUUGGGAACGACGAAAAAGGUUCCAACAGUUGAUGGAACGGUUGACUUGAGGAUUCCGGCAGGGACCCAGCCGGGUACAACUCUAGUGAUGGCAAAAAAGGGUGUCCCAUAUUUAAACAAAAGGAACACGAGGGGUGAUCAGUUGGUGAAGGUGCAAGUUGAGAUUCCAAAAUGGGUAAGUGGUGAAGAGAAGAAGCUUAUUGAAGAACUUGCAAACCUAAAUAAAGAAAAAGCUCCUAACAGUAGGAGAUAGUCAAGUCACAGAUGGUGUUCUUGUGUUGUCGAACCGUAUCUUUCUCGCUGAUUUGUUAGAUACAGCUGCUAUUUGUUUUCCCUCCACUUCUGGAUGUCAAGUGAUCCUCUUGGGAGUGGGAGCUUUUGUGCUGAUUUUGUCAGGUACAGCUGCUUUUCAUGCGGGGGAAUUUUGAGGGGUUGAAUUUGUGCUGCGCAUUAUAGUACUUUAUAACAUAGGAAGAAAUAUAAAGGUCGAAGACACAUUGCUGCUAUAUGUUCUGGCCUUUCCUUUAUGUUGCCGAGAUUCCGAUAACAUGUUUUCUUGUAAAUCUGGGUACAACCCCACAAAUUUUGUUAUUUAAUCUCUCAUUCGUCUUUCAAUAUAUAUUUUGUCAUCUCAAA